UGAUGAUUUUGUCAUGGUUCCAAUCUUAAUGAUGCAAACAAAAUUUUGUAGUUGCGGUUCCUAACUCCACAUUUUCCAUGGCGUGCUCUCCUUCUACAACACUUUUCUCAAAUUCUCUUCACAUUAACCAAAUUGCAAAUCCCAGUAAACUGUUACAUCUAUAUUCUACCACACUUUCACUAAACCAAAACCUUCCAAUAUAUUCUAAGAAUCCACUCAAACUUUCAACUACCACCAUACCCUUUGCUUCUGGUUCUGCAGGAGUUGAGUCUCCAGUGUUAAGUGAGGAUAACUCAAGUUCACUGGAUUUGGUGAAAGUGUUUGAUUUGGAAGGAAAUGGAAUUCCAAUUUCUGACUUGUGGAAAGAUAGGAAAGCCGUUGUGGCAUUUGCUCGUCACUUCGGGUGUGUACUUUGCCGCAAAAGGGCUGAUUAUCUUGCAUCCAAGAAGGAUAUAAUGGAUGCAUCCGGUGUAGCACUUGUAUUGAUUGGACCUGGCAACAUUGAUCAGGCCAAAGCCUUUGCCGAGCAAACAAAAUUCAAAGGAGAAAUCUAUGCAGACCCUGCUCAAGCUUCAUAUGAGGCCUUGAGAUUUGUUUCUGGAGUUCUUACCACAUUUACCCCCAAAGCAGGUCUUAAGAUAAUAGAAUUGUACAUGCAAGGUUAUAGACAAGAUUGGAAACUAUCAUUUGAAAAGGAUACUGUUAGCAGAGGAGGCUGGCAACAAGGAGGAAUUAUAGUUGCAGGUCCUGGUAAAGGUAACAUCUCAUAUAUUCACAAGGACAAAGAAGCAGGCGAUGACCCGGAAAUUGAAGAUAUCUUAAAAGCAUGUUGCUUGUGAAGAAGAGACGGGGGCUUCUUUUUUCAUGCUUCAUGAAGUGUGCGCAAUACCAUCUCAUCAUAGAGCUUUGUACACUAUAUCGUCUAAAAGCACUGAUCUUAGGUUCAGAUGGUGAGACAAUAGUAGAGUCAUCCUCCAAUAUUUACCUGGUUAGAUAAAAAAAGAUGAAAGUAUGGAACCUAUUCUAUUGCUUGUUUCAAAAUCUUGUAUAUAAUAAUAUUUUCUGUUUACAGUCGAAUGUACUGUACUUCUAAAGAAAAUUGUGUUCAAUAACGUUCGAAAAUUAUGUUAAGCGUCCUAGCCUAUGUGCACUUGCAUGGCCAGUUAUCCA